CGAAUCGAGGUGGUCGGAUUUCUGCUACUCAGCCUGUGGUAUCGUCGCGGAAGUACUGACGUGUACACAGCAGUUUACACGAGAAGUGGCUAGUUUAGCUAGCUAGGUAGAGCCGGGUAGUGUCACAGCGGCCGUAUCAGAAUGUCAGAAGGGGAUAGUGCUGGGGAGUCAAUCCAUGGGAAAACUUCUGUUGUGGCUGCCUUUUUCACACGAGUUGGACAGGUCUAUCAGUCAUGGCUAGACAAGUCAACACCAUUCUAUGCAAUGCGAUGGGCAGGAACUCUACUACUUACUCUUGUCUACAUGAUCAGAGUGUAUCUACUACAGGGUUGGUAUAUAGUAACAUAUGCUUUGGGAAUCUACCAUCUCAACCUGUUCAUUGCUUUUCUGUCGCCAAAAGUGGAUCCCUCACUGCUUGAAGAAGAUGAGGGCCCAUCCCUUCCCACCAAGCAGAACGAGGAGUUCCGCCCUUUCAUCAGGAGGUUGCCUGAGUUCAAAUUCUGGCAUUCAGCGACAAAAGGCAUCGUCAUCGCCAUGAUUUGCACAUUUUUUGAUGCCUUCAAUGUGCCAGUAUUCUGGCCUAUACUUGUAAUGUACUUCAUCAUGCUCUUUUGCAUCACCAUGAAGAGGCAGAUUAAGCAUAUGGUCAAGUACAGAUACCUACCCUUCACACAUGGGAAGAGGACAUACAAAGGCAAGGAAGACACAGGGAAAGCUUUUGCUAGUUAAAAAAACUCCCACUCUCCCUUCCUCUUUGUUGCAUUUAAAAUUUAUUGGCCACAGCCAUUGGGGAAUGAUGAGGGUUAGAGAUGUAUUUUCUUUUUGUCAGUUGAACAUAAACAUGAAAACAUGAAAAAUACAAGUUUUGAUCCACAGUGUUCUCAGUGUUGGACGAGGAUAUGAGCAGCAUGGAUCAAAUUAGUCCAAAAAUCUAAACUACUCCCUUUGUCUAUUGAGGGUUUUUUUCUGUUUGUUUGCUUUUUGGGGGCAUUUUUUUGUUUUGUUUUUCAAGGAUUGAUCUGCAGUUACUCAGUAAUAGUUAGGACUAAGUGCUACCUUUUGCCUUUCUAACCCUAAAGAGUAACAGUAAAGUCAUCAAAACUGAAAGAAAUUUGCAGUAAAAUGAGUGAUUUUUUUUUUUGUUGUUGUUGUUUUGUUAUGCUUUGUUUCCACUGGUUUAUUCCAGUACACCCCCUCUCUAAAAUUCACUAAUUUUUAAUUCAUGUAAUUUCUCAUUUACGAAAAUAUGAUGAAGUUGUUAACGUGAUAUCAGAUGGAAAUGCAAGAGUCUUCAAAUUAAAAAUUUUCAUCUUUGUGAUGAGAAUAUCCUGCUGCUCUGACUCAAAUAUCUCUGGCACUUGUCCUUUGUUCUAAAUAAAGAUACCUGGAAAAAUUGGCUGCUUUUUACGUGAAUAUGCAUUCAUGAAGGCCCCCCCCCCCCAAAAAAAAAAACAAAACAAAACAAAACUUCCUGUUAAUCUAUAAAAUGAAUUACAUCCAGCCAGCACAAUGUUUAAAAACUUUAAUUGUACAUUUGAUUUGUUAGCUACCCUGUAUAAUUGUGUAAUUCAAGGAGAGUGUCACUAAUCCCAGAUAACUUAGUUGCCUGUAGUCUGCAGUCAUUCUUAAAUCACUUAUUUCUACUUUUCCGCCUUCGUAGAAUUUAACUACUGGGAAACUGGGAUGGAAAUCAUUUUGGGUGUAAUUACCCCAGGGAGAUAAAUUGGGUGACUGAGCAAUUAACAUGAAAUGGCAAGUCAAUGAAUUUGCUUUACCUCAGAUUUUUAGACCGUUAAGUGGGUAUUUAUUCAAAACAUAAUGUGUCCUAAAGUUCAUAACCAGUAUUCCAGAUAAAUUCAUAAUGUGGCUUAUUUGAGAGCAGUCAAUCAAGCAAGUUUAUUUCAAUGACCCCAUCUCUUUGAAAUAUUUAGCAAUCUUUGUUUCAAAGACUGAGGCUCAUUUGGAAUUUGUAGACUGGCUGUUGUUGUCUUUCACAUUCUGUGUAAAAUCUUUUAAGAGUUGUGGUAAAUGUAGUCAUUCCAAGCAAACUGUUGUUCUCUUUCUUUUUCAGAGGAAACAUAAGAAAACAGAGAUUGAGAGCUUUUAUUAAAAGAAAUGGAUGAAGUGGGUGGCGAUCACAUACUUUUCUAUGAACCAGUUGAUUUUUUUUUCCUUUUUUUUUUUUUU